GAAGGGGCUUCGCCACAUUUGUUAUGCCUUGGUACAGCGGAUUUGAGUGUUUGCCGCGACACUACUACUGGGCCUGCAUUAUCAUAAAUAUAGUCAUUGUGAUCAUUUACCUGGAGGAUGCACGAGAGAACAUAUACAUCAUACAGAGUAUACCCGUGAAGUUUAGCUACCUUCCUUGCCUCGUGAUCAUGGUGUUCCUGCAGCUGUUAAGCCUGAUCCUGCUCAUCACCGAUGGCAUCAUGGUGUACAAGGUCAAGUUUAAUGCCACUCAAUUGUGGUUGGGCAUAUUAAUUGUUGUCGGUAUAGCCCCCUUAGUGCUCGGAAGCUAUCUGUUUCACGACCUCUACGACAUCUACGCCGUGGUCUACAUGUUCAGGACCAAUCAGCUGGGCGACACCGAACAGAUGUACAAGUGCUGCGGCAUGCUGGGGCCCGUGGACUACAAUUAUCCACGGAUACCCUGCCCGGAGUCCUGCUAUCACAACAAGACCGUGGCCCCCGAAAACAUCUACGAGCGGGGCUGUUUGGGUGCCAUGUUUCCCGGCUGGAUCAUCUUCGUCCUGUGCAACGCCUAUAAUUACACAUUCAUUUUGAUCAUCUUGACAAUGUACUUGCACUUUCGACUGAAGUCCCUUUACGAGCUGAUCCGCGUGGAUGUGGAAAGAGGCACCGUCAGCCGCAGAAGCUUCUGGGUCUAGACUCUAGACUCUAGACUGUAGACUAGAGGCUCUAGGCUCUAGAGAGUGCUGCCCAAAAUGCCCAUAUGUCCACCGUAAUGAAACCGGCAGCCACAACCACAACCACAGCCGCCCACGGCAUCCGGCGAGACUCUGGUUAGCCGCAGGGGCAGCCACAGCGACAGACACAGCGACACCGGUGCAAAUGCCUUUUAAUUUGUCAAAAGCCUAAAAUAUGAAAAUUA